UUGAAUCUCUUCGCGGACAGCUCGAGAUGCAGGAGUACCUUAAUGUUCAUUUUGGAGAAGGGAUAGACUGAGGAGGAUUCGUCGAGUGUCCCGGACGGUCAUUAGACCCCAAACCCUCUAAUUGUAACCUAACCUAAAAUUCUUAGCGUCUCUGUGACAUGUGGACGUUGAAAUUCGUCUGUCGAUAUGUAUAGGUUGAUUUAAAUCUGUCAAAUAUAUUAAAAACCCCGUCAAAAUUUCGGUUAUAUUAAAAUAAUCAAAAACGAGAAUGUACCCCUUUUGUAAUUGUCAUUUUUCCGAUAGUUCCGCAUCGGCGAGCGAUUCAGAAGAUACUUUUAGACAGGAAAUUCAAAUUUACGAUUGCCGGGAAUGUAAAAAGAAACAAAAAAAAUUGGCGAAAGGAAAAUUCGGUUUGGCUUACGUUAUAGAAACCCCAAAAGAAAUAAUAACGAAACCUAUAGGGUGGCAAGUCGAAUUCAACGAUACCCCAUCGAAAAUACAGAAUAAUUGCGAAACUAUGUUGAAGUGGGUGAAUCGACCGCCGUUGGGGGAAUGUACGACUGUAACUGACUACCCCAAAGAAUGCGGGGAGUUUUUAAAACGAAAUAAACGAUACAAAAAAGCGGUUUGUUCUUGUAAACCUGUUUUAUGUGAAAAAUGUGAUAUAAAUACUAGACGUUUACCGAUUUGUUAUUGCGAUAAUUCUAUUAAAAAAUGUGGAAAUUGUUUUCCCGAAAAUUUAGUACGAAACUGUCAAUGUUGCCGAAAAGAAGAACGAAACGGCGAUUUGGAUUAUAUCCCAAAAAAAGAAAAAAACAAAACUAAAAUAACACAAACACGCAAUAAAAAACGAGAAGAACCGCCGAAAGAAGAAGGAAAAGAAGACAAAGAAGUCGUACACAAAAUCGAAGCUAAAGCCGUGGUCGAUAUAAGAUUUUCCGAUAAAGGAGUUGAAAUUAAAAAAGUAGAAACGGAAACAACAAGCCCCGUUUCGCAACAACCCAAAGCCGAUAAAAAAAUUCAGUCUAGUCCAGAUGUGAAAACUGUCGGGAAUUUACAGAAAGAAUUGGCGGAAAAAUUCGCGGAACGACGCGCUAAAACGGAAGAAAAGAAAAAAUCGGAGGAAAGUGACACGGAAGUUUCGAAAGAAGAAGUUGUAAGUACGUCGCCUCUACUACAAUAGGUCGUAUUAUAAACCUAUUUUAGCCGAUAGCAAAUGAAGAUCCGAAAAGUAACGAUUAUAAAAUAUUGAAUCAUAAAAAUCUAGCGAAACGGGAAAUUUUCACCGACGAUAUGACGCCAUUACAAAAACUGAAGCUGGCUUUGAAAAUUCAAAAACAAGAAAUUCAAGAAUCGAAACUCGCCUCAAAGGAAGAACCUCCUGAAAAAGUCAUAAAAGAGUUGGAUUUUUAACAAAUAAAAAGACAAUUCUCGAUAUAAUUAAUGAAUCGUUUUUCUUUUUUUCACCAAAUUUUGCAUUUUACUUUCCAUUUAUUCAUAAUUCAAUACAAAAAAUCCGAAAAAAUAAUAUUCCAGCAUAUAAUUUAACUUCAAACAACAUUUUUUAACUUAUACGUCGAAUUACUUGUCAUUCAAUCGAUCUAUCUGUUCAUCUGGUUAGGAUUUUAACAAUCAUAGAAUAGUUUGCAGCAUAUUUUGAUGUGGUGGCUGCGUUGUUUAUUGCCUACUACAAGGCCAACACAUGGAACGCGGUAUUGAAAAUUUGAUGACAAGUGACAGGGAUCAACAAGUGCACUAGUGUGGUUCUAAAGAACGUUUCGGUUCGAUUUUAUUAUAUUUUAAUAAUAAAAUUCUACAACAUGAA